AUGAAUGUGACGACGGAAAACAUUAGUUUGGAGGCAACCAGCGCGGCUCCGACGGAAGAAUCAGAAUCCUUUCAACAGCAGUUCUUCUCUGUCGUCUUCAUCAUCAUUGGCUUCGUCGGCGCGUUCGGCAACACUCUGGUCUGUGUCGUAAUCGCGAGUACGCUGGUGUGGUCGAGAAGCGGCAACACCAAUCUUCUCAUCCUGCACCAAGCUUUCAUCGACGACAUAACGUCUGUCAUUUUGAUUCUCAUGUACACCUUACCCUAUCCCAAUAUCCCCAAGGAGGGUGGCUGGGGGGAGUUCGUCUGUCGGAUGUGGGUGGCUGAAAGCCUCCUAUGGAUGCUCUUUGUCGUGUCAACCUACAAUCUCUGUAUGAUGUCUCUUGAACGCUUCGUAGCUGUUUCGUACCCAGUGGUCUACUCCACCAGAUUCAAGAGGCGUACAUCCCUCUUGAUGAUUAUCUUCUGCUGGACAAUAGCCCCUCUUCUGCAUUACUUCUACCCUAUUGGUGAUAGCUACAACGAUGAAGGAGUCUGCAGGAAACGUGCUGGACACCAUGUUGCGUUGGCGGCAGUUGGUAUCACGAUCUUCUUCUGGGAGUUCUUCAUCCCAUUCUUAAUCAUGGCCGUGGUAUACGCGCGGAUCGUCUAUCUGCUUCGAAAGCAACAACGAAGAGUUCAAGGCUCCAAUGCCAACACCAGCCACCAAGGACCUCACGAUGGACAACCUUGGGUUCAACCUCAGCAACAUUCUCACCUUCAGGUUUUGCCUGACGAAAGCGGAGCUCGAUGCGAAGGUACGUCUACCGGCUUAUCACAGGUGCAGGCCCGCCUCCAGGUAAUUUCCCCGCAGCCGCUCAUGCAGCAACAACCACAUCAUCAACAACAGAGACGUCAGGCUCCAUCUGAGACAGUUCGCCGCAACGUCACAGUCACUUUCCUGGCUGUCUUCAUCAUGUACGGCGUUUGCUGGAUGCCAAAUCACCUGACCUUCCUGCAGCACGGUUUCGGGGGUCCUUUAGAUUUUAAUGGCACGUGGUUACACCUCACGCUCGCUCUCGCCUACCUGAACAUGAGCAUAAACCCUUUCAUCUACGCCCUCAAGUACAAACUAUUCCGAGAAGGAUUCCGGAGACUCUUUUGCUGUAACGGUGCUGGUCAGUUAGGAAGGUGCAGCUUCGUAGGGCGUUCUACUUUGUCAUCGGGGAAUGUUCCUACAAUAUCAGGAUCUGCUUAA